AUGGUGGAAUGGUACCCUGGUGAGAGACUGUUACAGUACGAGGCCCAGCAGGUAGUUCUUUUAGACAUGUGCUGUGUCCCUGACACCACCACAGCUCUGAGAGGUCUCAGCACACAGAAAAGGGCUCUGGCAGUGCCUCCAGGCUGCCCUCCAGGUUCCAUCCCCCACCCCCGCGCCCCGGAGGUGGAUAGCCAGGCCGAGUCUCCUGCUUCAGCCCAAGUCCAGCCCCCAGUCUCUCCUGUUGCUAAGGCGGGCUGGGACUCAGCGUUUGCGUUUCUUUUACACAUCUGCAACUUUCACCCUAUCCGACCUCCUAGCAGCCUCCUCACCCCAGCUCUCACCCCAAGGCAACCACGGCGGGCAAAACCCAAACACCCCGAGCGCAAUUCAGAGCUUUCCCUGGGAGUGUCGGGCCCGGAGACAGGAAAUCCGGGGAGUUGGCGAUGUCCGGCAGGUGGCGGGGACCCUAGUCACCACCACAUUCUCCUCCCACGGCUGAGCUCGAACCGGGGCGCGGCGAGAGGCGCGGACUGCGACCGGCCCCGCAGGCGCCCGAGCCUCCCGGGAGCCUUGCUCUCCGGUCCCCCUUCCCGGUGCGCAUCCCUGAGUUGGGGACGCAGCCAGCUCUCGCCCAUCCGCAGCCAGACGGAGGCGCCGCCGCCCUCGGGGAAACGAGGGCGAAGCCGGGGCCAAGCGUCCCCGCGAGCCGCGCUCUUGGGUCCUCCGUCCCCACGUCCCCGCGCGCGCUGCCCCCGCCACCGACGCUCAGCGUCCUCCGGCCGCCCCGCUCGGCCCCAGCUCCCUGCCCCCGGGAAGCAGCUCCCCAGCCUGGGCGGCUCCUUCACGUCCCCUUCCCCCAAAGUCCGAGGAAGUCCAACUCCGAGCGGCCCGCAGGCUUGCCGCGGCGGCGGGGACCUGCGGAGAGAGCAUGGCGCGGAGAGGGGCAGAGCGCCGCGCCGGGGGGCUGCUGCCCGGAGAGAGCGGGCACCGGCGCCCUGCGCCUCCCCGCUUCCGGAACCUGGGGACAAACGCGCGGGUCCCCACCCGAGCACUCCCCUUUACCUGGCACGGCCGGCGACUCUCCGGGGACCUUCGGUCCAGACUCCUUCGGGGCGGGCGUCCAGGUCACAUCGCUGCCAACCCCGCCGGGCGCCAGGUGUCCCGCUGCGUCCCUUCGCCUCCGCUUGCGACGUGCCCCCGCCCCCCACCCCCCUACCCCCUGUAUCAAAAGUGUCACAGCUUUUCUGCCUUCGGAUCUUUCGCAAAGUCUCCGCACGGUCGCCAGGAGUUGGGCUGCAAUGCCAGGCGCGCCAACCCCGCGGAUGCCCUGCCCCGCCCUCCCGCGGCCCCCUGCGCUCGGCCCGGACGGGGAGAAGAGCCGCCUCGUCGCGGUCACCGUCCCCGGAGCGCGGCGCGCGGCCCGCCUCCCCUCCCUCGCGCCUUCCCUAG